AUGAUGAUUGAAACGAAGAAGACUCUCGAAGUUGGAGCCGCUGAGGAAACUGCUCGAGCCGCCGAAAGAAAGAAGAAGAAGGCGUUUCGACUCGAGAACGACGACCCCGGAACGAAGAAACGAGCGCGAAAAGCGAAGAAGAAGAAGAAGACAAAAAUGGUGGCAAAAUCUCCUCCCGAGCGGGAGAAAGAUGUACCGUUGAAAGAGUUCUCGGAUGUGAUUUGUUUAUCGGACGAGGAGGACUCGACGGACGAGGAAAUCAUAUUCGUCGGGUCGAAAGAAGGGAAAGGAAGAAACCAACAACAACGAAGAAACGAGGAAGAGGACGACGAGGUGAUCAUUUGCGGGGAGAGAGGAGGAGGGAAAGGGAAACAACAGAAACAAGAACGAAGAGAAGAAGGAAGAAACAGAGGAAGAAAAAGCGUUAACGAAGAAGAAGUCAUCGUGGUGGGAGAGAAGGAAUCGACGCAAAUACGACAGGCGAGAGAACUGUUAGAACGACACAAUAGAAGUAAUACGAAUAAGAAGAGAAAGAGUAGCGAAGGCGGGAGCGACGCGAAUGCGAGUCCGACGGGGACGCGGCUUUCCGCGCGGAAGAAGAAGAAGGCGACGAGCAGCAGUCCAACAAAAGGUCCGCGAAACGAGCCGAGUACUACUCCCGAGCCGAAAGGACCGCAGCCGAAGAAAACGCCCAAGUGCGUGAUAUGUCUGGAUGAGAUCGAAAAGCCGACCGCGACAAAGUGUGGACACGUGUAUUGCGAUCAGUGCAUACGGGAGUUGAUUCGAGCGCAAAAGACAAAGUCCAGAUGUCCUCAGUGCAGGAAGAAGGUGGGUUUGAGCGGGUUGACGAAAUUGAUAUUAGACGAUUAA